CGCGGGACAUGGCGGAGGAUAAAGAGUCUGCAAAGGCGACCAUGUCUGAGCUCCACAGGAGGAUCAGCAGCGCGUUUGAUGUUUUUGAUCAUGAGUCCAAUCACACGGUGGACGUCAGAGAAAUCGGCACCAUCAUCCGCUCGCUGGGCUGCUUCCCCACUGAGGCUCAGCUUCAUGAUGUAAUCGCUGAGAUCGAGGAGGAGGAGCCAACAGGGUUCAUACGCUUCGAGAGGUUCCUCCCCACCAUGAGCAGAAUCCUGAUGGAGCACAGGUUUCGGCCGGUUCCUGAGGACCUGCUGCUCCAGGCCUUCGAGCUUUUAGAUCAGCAGAAAAAGGGUCACCUGGAUCCAGAGGAGUUAACCAGAUAUUUAACACAGGAAGGAGAACCUUUCACGCAGGAGGAGAUGGAGGAGAUGCUGUCUGCCGCUGUGGAUCCAGAUAAAAACCUCAUUUUCUACAAGGACUUUGUGAGCAUGAUGACCGUAGAUGACCCCUGGUGAAGAGGGAGGGGUCAUCAAACCAGAGGAUAAACAUCAAAGACACAACAGGAGCCGAAUUAUAAACAAUGACUUUAAUAAACUGAUCACUUUGA